AUGGAUUUACACAAGGAGAGAACUCAGCAAAGGAUUAAUCUCGAUAGCAGCGAAGGUGAUAAAACUAAUGACCUGUACCUUCAUAUCGUCCAAAUGUUCGGUUGCAUAGAGAAGACUACAGUGGAAAAUGCAACGGAACUGCUAAUACUGGGUGACGUUGAAGUAAAAAUAUCCUCGGGCAGCGUUUUAAUCGAGUGGACAGAGAAUUCAAUGAUAAGUGAGACAAUUGCCGAUAGUAUAGUAAUAAUGGUUCUCGGUUUGCAUGCAAGUAAGAAGAAUGUGUUAUCUGAGUCAAGGUUGAAAGAGAGAAACCAUAAUGCUUGGAAGAUCCAAGAGUUGCAGAAUUUGUUUCAAGAACAAUUUGGAGACAGUUUUAGCGUCGAUGAAGGAAUGGAGAAAAAAGAAGAUGUAAAGAAUGGUAGCGUAACUAUAGGCAAGAGUAAAGCCACAAUCGAUUUUUCCACUAUGAAACUUAUUGAUUGUAAUUCAAACCCGCUUAAAGGAAGGGUGGAGAGCAUACUGAGCAUUGGCCAGAAACUAACAACUCCAUUAUGCUGA